AUUCAUUCAAUUCGUGUGUGGAUGCUUUGAAAGCAUCAGAUUUUAUCAAAUAUGAUUUUGCGCAUUCAUCUCCCCAGUCAGGAUUGGUUGGUUUCCUUUUGAACGAAGCACUUGGUACUUUUCUUUUAUGUGCUUUCAGUGUGCUUCCGUACAUCAAAUCGAUGAUGAAUCUAUAAUCUUUUAAUGGUGGAAGUUUUUGAUUGGAUACCGAUUGUUACCGCUGUUGCAUAUUUUUCCAGUAGAUGUUAAUUGUUAGGUGGAAUGGAGCUUGAGAUUCAGUGGAUUGCGGACUACACUUGGUUGAGAUAUUGAUUGAUUGAUCACUACCAUGGGGAUCAUUGAUGACCUUCCACAAAUAAUCUAACCAUAGCUUUUCUGAGUGCAAAGAAAGGUUUAGUCGGCUUUCUCGAGAUGUACAAUGCAUUGAACACGAGCUUUCGAUUCAAAUAAAAUUAUGGGAAACCCGAACAAAUCAAAACAAGAACAACAUUAACAACUAAAACGAGUUGUACAAGAUUGGUGAAACUUCAUUUUGUUAAACAUAUACCGGGAAUUUGUGUUUCAUUUAGCAUUUAAACUCGUAUCAUAGCCUUUUAACAUAGAACUACGUCUUUCAGGAAGGGGCCAAAUCAGAAAACAGGUCACGUUUUUGUGAAAUAAAGUUAACGUCAAUAACUAUUUUCACAGCGAACAAGUUCUGAUGAUUUGCACACCAAUGGAAUCGGAAAUUCUCUAAGAUUUGUUUUAUAUACUAUACAGUACAAUCCACUAAUGCCUUAACAGUUUAAAUUAAUGAAAACUGGAAGCAUUCUCAUUUUCCCAUACAUUUGUUCUGUCGAUUUGUGUGCAUUCCCGAACAGAGCUGUCAAUAACGAGCAACCGAUACAUUCGUUUCUGUCCGAUUCCAACAUAUUUGGUUUAAAUAAGCCAUCCGUGAUUUGAAACCAUCAUUAUUUGUGUGGACACCGACUGGAAAACAUCGUAGCUGGUCUAGCUGAACAACGAGGGAUCGAGUGCCUUUCUAAAGACUAUGAAGGUGGAGGUGUAAUUCAGGAGUAGAGUAAAGUUUUUUCUCAUCAUCAUCAUUUGAAGCCACACCACUUCUCGUGUGGUGGUCAUCGAAGCAACAUGGUAGCCGCAGAGCGUCGAGCGGGGGAGGUUUGUUUUCUUGACAGGUGGAGGAGGAGUAUGGAAUAGAGUUUCUUUCCACAAGGGCCCUUCUCAGGGCUAGAGGCGGAAACUAAAAAUAGAAUAGAAUGAAAACACAGAUGCGAGCGAGCUAGCAUAACACAACAAGCGGAUAUCAUUCAUGCCUAAUUCUGAUUUCACACACAUACAUACACAGGUCGAUACAAGGAGAGGAAGCCCACUGAAUCGAGUUGUGCUACGACAAAAUAGCAGCAAACGAGAAUUUCUUGUGCUAGUGCGGAUAUGGAAGGGUAUCCAGAAUUUUGGAAUAUAAAUACACACUGCAUUUAUUUAGAUAAACGUAUAUUUCAUGAAAGUAUGCCUUCAAAUUCCAGCAUUGUAACCUCACUGUUGCAUGUUGUGGAGUUCGAUCACAUCUCAAGCGAAAUAUAGGAGCAGAAGGAUUCAUAGUUUGUGAUUGAUAUCUGAGUGGGAAGGAGAAAAAUGAUGCGAGUUGAACCAAAUAAACGAGAAGUGCUGAUAGCUUUCGACUCUACUCGACUCUUUCGAGUCUACUGGAGUAAUAAAAGAAUAAAUAGCCAAAAAGGUAUUUCAAAAAUUUCUAUGCAUUCGAAAAUAAUAUCCAAAGUGAUAAACAAGUGAAUUGAAUAAUAUAAUUCCGUAGUUCUACGUCGAAAACUGCGACACGACCUACAAUUUUUUUUCUUUCUUUAUUAAAGAGAUUUUCAGCCAAAGGCUGGUUCAUCUCUAAUUAUCGCCUUUUAAAUAGGCCCCUUCUAAAGCAAUACAGUUUGUCCAAGGAACAGUCUAGUCAUCGAAACAAUUUUACAGCUGUAUUCAUGAAUUGGCUCCAGUUCCCGCAGCGAAUGCUUAUGCCUUCAAUGCUGUCAAAACGGGUCUCGCGAAGCGGUAAUUUGAGUUUCGGCAAUAAGUAAAAGUCACACCUAAAAACGCAGACUAAAUAAACUCCAUCUAUCUUAAGAUAGUGGUUGUACCUCCUAUACCUUACAACAACAUCCAGCUUUAUUUUUCGAUUCCAGCUCCUGACAAAUUGCAUGCAAGGCGCUUAUAUCAAUGUAUAACAGGUGAAGCAACAUCAUCAUUUCACACAGAAGGGGAUUACGGUUUGUGGAGCGGGGGUUGUUUGUUUUGUAAUUGCUAGGAUACGCCAUUAUUGCAUAUUCACAUGCGAGAGUAGUGGAAAUGAGAAUGAAAUUCUACAAAAUCAUCCCUUCUUUUUCACAUAAAUUCGCGAAAGUCGAACAUAGUAGGCAUCAUUCGAAAGAGCGUCGUAGCAGUUUGUAGAGAGCCGCCGGCAGCGUUCUGAUGCUGUUUGUAAACAAUACCGACAGCAAUUCCAAUAUGGCUGAAAGUGCAUUUCAUAUGAUUGUUUCACCUGGUAUAUAUGGAGGCGCCUUGAUUGCAUGCAUGUUCGAAAAUUGCCCUAACAUUUCUCUGGGUGCGUAAUCAAACAGUAAACAAAACGUGAAACGCCGGUAUUAUUUGUAAACAAAGGCGGCACGAACAGCGCGAAUUUGAGUUAGUUCUCGAACUAUGCGUGUUCCAUAUCAUGAUGAAUUUGCUACGUCUACGACGCUUUGGGACGUCAUCUUCGGAAAUAUUCCCCCGUAGCACAGUUAGUCGAUUAAGUAACAAUGUAUCAGUGAAGGAGAAUGUCCCGAGGAAUGAGGAGACCCAAAACUCAAGCGGCUACUAUGGAUCAAAGCCAAAAGAGGAAACCGGCGUACGUUUGAAUGAAAUGAACAUCCAACUGUUAUCCCGUGGGCUGUACGAACAAAUAUUUAAGAAUGCCAGUAUGAAUGGAAAACGUCUGCGAUCAGGUGAAAUAGAGGCUCUCCGUAAGGAGCUUACUCGUCACGGUAUACCACUGUCACGCCCCGAAAUACUGCCCGACGUGAACUUCCGCCUGCCAAAGCUCAAAGGGAACAAUAUUGAGCAGCACUUCUUCCAAAUCGCAAAGGAACAAAGUGAACCAUAUCGUGUUCUUUUGGAAACGUUAAUCAACAGUGAAACUCCACCCCUCCCCGAGUGCUGGUCCGAAAGUGUGGGUUGGACUUGUUAUGAUCCCGAGCGUGGUCCCGUUUCCGUGCCCUAUCCGAAUGAUCAAGCUUUCGUAUUCGACGUUGAGGUGUGCGUCCCGGCGGGAGCAGCACCCGUUAUGGCCACUGCACUUAGCCCAACUCGGUGGUACUCGUGGACCAGUCCCAAUUUGGUCAAUCAAAUCCCCUCCGGUGAUGGUCAUCGCUAUCAGCUGAGUGAGAUGAUUCCUAUGGAAUCGGCCCCGAAUGACAAGCAUUCGGAUAGUAAAUUUGAAACGGUUAGGGUUGUAGUUGGUCAUAAUGUGUCGUACGAUCGGGCUCGAAUUCGGGAACAGUAUUGGCUGGAGAACACCGGAAUGCGGUUCGUGGACACAAUGUCGCUGCACGUUUGCGUUAGCGGGGUUACCAGCUACCAGCGGGCAAUGCUUAAAUCUAGUAAGGACCUCCCCGUGGAAGAUCACGCGUGGAGUAGCCAAAGUUCGCUCAACAAUCUGGCCGAUGUUUAUCAGUUGUAUUGUGGUGGCAAGCUGGACAAGGAAAAGCGGAACAUUUUUCUCGACGGGUCACUAGCUGAUGUUUGGCGAAAUUUUCAAAGCUUGAUGCGCUACUGCGCGGGAGAUGUAACGGCCACUAAGGAUGUUUUACGGAAGCUUCUGCCACUCUUUUUCGAACGCUUCCCUCACCCCGCCACGUUAGCGGGGAUGUUGGAAAUUGGUAACGCCUACUUGCCGGUCAACACAAACUGGAACCGAUACGUACAGGAGUCGGACCUUGCGUACGAAGAUUUGGACAUUGAGGCGAAACAUCUGCUGGCGCAACGAGCGGAUAAGGCCUGUCGACUGAUGCAUGACGAACAAUUUCGCAAAGAUUUGUGGCUGUGGGAUCAGGAUUGGAGUGUGCAGGAGCUGAAACUUAAGGCAGCGAAAAAAGUGCCGAAAAAGAAACAACCAUCAGCGUCGAUGGAGAUGCAGGAGGAUGAGCGGGAUACGACAGAGGAAGAACUGGAUCCGCUGGCGAAGAAAUUCGAGUAUUUGUACAAGACUAAAGAUUUGCUGCCAGUUAGACGACCGUUUCUUCCCGGCUAUCCGACUUGGUAUAGGAAUUUGUGUUUGAAACCCUCCGACGAGGAUUGGUCCCCGGGUGCGAACAAAAUCGGCACCGGCAUGCAGAUCGCACCUAAGCUGCUCCGACUCUGCUGGGAGGGUUAUCCACUGCACUUUAUUCGUGGCCAGGGUUGGGGUUUCCUGGUGCCACAUAAGUUUCGUCGGGAAGAGGAGAGCGACACGGACAACGGCCAGCAGAUUCCGCUGGAGCAGUUAGCCGCUGCUUGUCCCGUGCUGGAGAGUAUGCCUCACGCGUCAACAGAGGAGAGCGCCGAGGCGCUCGGGAAUCUGUGGAAAAAUGUCGAGGAGAACAUCAGUCGGAAGGAUUACUAUAGGAAGGUUAGGAAGGACAAGACGAAUAAUGCUUACAAGGGAACCGGGAUAUGGUGCAAUCUAGAUCUGGAGGAUUGUUGCUAUUUUCUCAGGUUGCCACAUAAGGAUGGUCCCACGCAUCGAGUGGGUAACCCACUGUCGAAGGACUUUUUGAGUAAAUUCUCCGAUAAUGUACUCGCCGGGGAUGCCGUGACGGCGGAACGCGUGGUGGAGAUAGCGAAGAUGUUGUCCUACUGGAGAAAUAACCGAGAUCGAAUAUCGGGUCAAUUGGUGGUAUGGUUGGAGAGGGGUGAUCUACCGAAACAUUUACGCGGAGAUGAAAUGGAGUAUGGAGCGAUAGUUCCACAGGUUGUGGUAUGUGGCACGUUGACUAGAAGAGCGAUGGAACCGACCUGGAUGACUGCGAGCAACGCUCAACGGGAGCGUGUCGGAUCCGAGUUGAGAGCAAUGGUACAAACUCCCCCUGGCUACAAAAUGGUUGGAGCGGACGUGGACAGUCAAGAACUGUGGAUAGCGUCGGUUCUGGGUGAUAGUCACGCGGGAGGGAUUCACGGAGCGACACCCUUCGGCUGGAUGACCCUGAGUGGGACGAAAGCUGCCAAGACGGAUAUGCAUAGCGUCACUGCGCAAGCUGUCGGUAUUUCGCGAGAUCACGCAAAGGUUAUUAACUACGCUAGAAUUUACGGCGCGGGUCAGAAUUUUGCCGAGCGGUUGUUGAAACAAUUCAACCCGACCUUUUCGGAUGCGGAGGCUCGCUCGAAAGCUAUCAAAAUGUUUUCUCUCACCAAGGGGAAGAAGUUUUACCAUCUUAGGGAACAGUUUCAAGACGAUUUUCCCCAUCAGGGGUAUUCGGCUUAUGAAGCACUGAAAAUGGCCAAAAUAAGCAAUAAAUCCGUGGAUGAGCUGUUCGAGCGAGCUUGCUGGCAAGGAGGAACCGAAAGUGCGAUGUUCAAUAGGUUGGAACAGAUAGCGGACUCGGAAGCACCCGUGACACCAUUCCUAGGGGGCCGCUUAAGUCGAGCGCUGGAACCGCAGGUGGGAACGGAGGAUCGAUUCUUGCCCACGCGCAUCAACUGGGUCGUGCAAAGUGGGGCUGUGGAUUUCCUUCAUCUGAUGUUGGUUUGUAUGCGAUGGAUAAUGGGGAAUCGGUUGCGUUUCUGUCUGAGCUUUCACGACGAGGUACGCUAUUUGGUGGAGGAGCGCUACGCUCAUCGGGCGGCACUGGCGAUGCACGUGACCAAUCUGCUGACGCGAGCUUUCUGUGUUUCAAGAAUUGGCCUCAACGAUCUUCCCCAAUCGGUGGCCUUUUUCUCGACUGUCGAAGUGGACACAGCCCUGCGAAAGGAGUCCCGGAUGGACUGCAAAACACCAUCCAAUCCCCACGGGCUGGAGAUUGGGUAUGGAAUCCCCGAGGGAGAAUCGCUGGAUAUCUACCAAACACUGGAAAAGCUGGGCCCGGGCGAAUCAGAUAUGACCAGAUGGGAGUGGCACAUCGAACAUCCCUCCGGUAAGCCAAAGAAAAACGUAAAAAUUCAUCGGAAGAGUCGAAAUAAAAGUUGAAUUCGUUGUUAUCCG